UCGCGUGGUCUUUUAGGACCCGGAAAACCGGGAGUGACAUUCAGAGUCUGAAAACGGUUUGAUAACAUCCAUAGUUUAAGUUCGACGUUUUAAGAUAUUUCUUAAGUGUAUACGUUUUAACAGCCUCGGUGGUCUCCAGUAUGUUGCAGGCUUUGAAAAGCGUGCGACACCUGCAGUCCAGUGCAAUAAAACAAGCAGUUUCAGAGCUCUGUGUCCCGGUCCCAUGGGGAGAUCUCAGAGGGAAAAUCUGGGGUCCCGUUCACGGUCAUCCCGUGCUGUGCCUGCACGGCUGGGCUGACAACUGUGGUACAUUCAACAGCCUCAUUCCCCUUCUACCCGCAGAGUUCAGAUACGUGGCGGUGGAUCUGGCGGGUCACGGCCUAUCGUCACAUCGUAGUCCUGGAGAUUUCUACACUUUCCCGGCGUAUGUGAUGGACGUACGCAGAGUUGUUGAAGCUCUGCAGUGGAGCAAAUUCUCCAUCAUAGGCCACAGUAUGGGUGGUAAUGUUGCUGGAUUGUUCAGUGCACUGUAUCCUGAGAUGGUGGAUGCUGUCGUACUGCUGGACUCAUAUGGAUUCUUCCCUACAGAUAAGAAAGAAAUGGGGAAAGUGAUGAGGCAGGGGAUGGAUCAGAUGGUUCAGUUUGAAAAAAUGACAGAAGAUAAGAAAAGAAGAGUUUACACUUAUGAAAAUGCAGUAGAAAGGCUGAUGGCUGCCAACCCUUCUCUGUCUGAACAGUCAGUGCACAUCCUUUUAGAGCGAGGUCUAGUUCAAGUUGAAGGAGGUGUGGCAUUUACCCGAGACCUCCGGAUUAAUCUGAAAAAUAUAACUCGCAUUAGUUUGGAGCAGAGUCUGGAAUUUCAGUCGGGGAUUCAAGCCUCUGUUCUAGUUAUUCUAGCAGAGGACGGCUUUGAGAAAAUGUUUAUUAAACCAGAGGAAAAGAAGUUCACAUCAGCAAUUCUCCAGGCCUAUAGGGACAGAAAUCAUGCGGUGGUGACGGUACCAGGUGAUCAUCACGUCCAUUUGAAUGAUCCAAAAGUUGUUGCUCCACUUGUGUCCGACUUCCUGCAGACCAAAGUGUUGACACAGCCAGCCCAACAAACAGCAGAACAGACCUCCAAGUUAUAGCAAACACAAAAACAUUUUGCCUUAACUCAUAUUACACUGCUAAUCUACUGCUGAUUUUAACAUAAAAUCUGUUGUAUUCAUAUUGUACUGUUUACACUCACCUUGGGGCUAAAACCUGUCAACAAGCUAUGUAAGCAUAAGUCAUGUUACUUUUGCUGAACUCCUAAAUUACUUAAUGCAUUUUGAUAGAUAUUUAAUAACCACUUCUCUUUAAUCCCAGAUGGUUUGUAAAAUAGUGAAGGGGGGUGUUGGGUAAGAUCAGCAAAAAAAACAGC